AUGGUAAACAGAGUGCUUGCCGCACAAGCGCCCGCAAACGAUGGCGCCAAAAUACUUGCGGUCUACGCGUUUCCGGGCAAGAGUCACUAUAUAAUGCAUCGUGUGCUGAUUAACGAGCUGAUAAAGCACGAACAUGAGAUCACCAUGAUAACGGCAUUCACACUGGAGCCACAAAAGUUAGGCAAAAAUUACACGGAGAUACUCAUUGAACCGGUGUACGAUUUUUGGCCAGAAAUACAUACCAAAAUCGGUGGCAAAUCGAUCUACGAUAUUCGAAAUGAAUUAUACAUAUUCUUAAAAAUGUAUGAAGUAUUGGGACUCUCCACCACAGAGCAUACGCUAAAGCAACCGAAGAUAUCAGCCAUAAUUAACGCAAAGCAAACACAGGGUGUUUAUGAUCUAUUGUUGGUCGAACAGUUCUAUCUGAAUGCCUACACCACAUUGCGCACGGAUUUGGACCGCGAGUUUUCGUAUUAUCCGAAAAUGGAUGUGCUGGUGCAGAAAUACUUCGGACACUUGCCAAGUAAAUUUCCAAGCAUUUCUGAUAUGAACAAAAAUCUCUCAGCAAUAUUGAUCAACAACUACACACCAUUAUUGUCAGCGGGUCCGAACGGCGGCAUGAUCAACGUUGACGGUAUGCACAUUUACCCACCGAAACAAUUGCCCGCAGACAUACAGCAGUUCCUCGAUGGUGCCGAACAUGGCGCCAUUUAUUUCAGUUUAGGCACUCAAGUGCAGAGUAAAGAUAUGCCGCUGGAGAAGUUAAAAAUCUUUCUCAAAGUAUUCGGUCAGUUAAAGCAGCGUAUCUUGUGGAAGUUCGAAAACGAUAGCAUUGCGAAUUUACCAUCGAAUGUUAUGGUGAAAAAGUGGCUGAUACAAAGGGAUAUAUUGGCGCACCCUAAUGUGCUUUCUUUUAUAGCGCACGGCGGUCUACAAGAAGCUAUUUACCAUGCCAUGCCUAUGAUCGGUAUGCCCUUCUAUUGCGAUCAGUUACUAAAUUUGAGGUAAGCCGAGGCCUAUGGUUACGCCAUCAUGUUGGACUUCCAUACACUCACAGGCGAACAAUUAAAGAAUGGUCUACAGGAAUUGCUCCAAAACUGCACAUAUCGUGACAAUAUCAAACGCUUCUCAAACAUUUUUCACGAUCGGCCAUUGGGCGCACGUGAGACGGCGCUCUACUGGAUCGAUUAUGUCAUACGUCACAAAGGCGCGCGGCACUUACGCGCUGCUGGUCUCGACUUGAAGUGGUAUCAGUUCUAUUUGCUGGAUGUGAUCGCUUUGGCGGUAGCCGCCGUUGAUGUUGCGUUUGGAGUUCCUUUUUUGUUGGUACGCUGGAUCUUGCGACGAAUCAGCGGUGAACAGAUCAAACAAAAAGUGAAUUAAUAUAUUUGGUAUGCUGUUGUAGAAGAGGAUUAUAUGUAAUUAGUGCCUUCAAAUGUAUGUAUGUAAUACUCAUUUCUUGCUGAUAGCUUAAAAUAAAAUACAUAAGAAAUUAUUAAAAA